AUGGUCUCUCCUCCUAUGAAAAGUUUUGUGUCAUUCACCAAGACUUGGCACAAUGAUACUUACCCGGCCAUCUCACCCACACGCCCGGAGCUUUCGAUGGCUGGGAAAAACGUUGUAAUCACGGGUGGAGGCACAGGAAUUGGAAAGGCGGCCGCCAUCGCCUUCGCCCAGGCCGGUGCCAAAUCAGUUUCCAUUAUCGGGCGCAGGAUCGACCGUCUCUACACUGCAGGGCAGGCGAUCACUGAAGCUAACCCCUCGACUCAGGUCGUCAUGCAGACAGGCGACAUCACCGACCUCGCUUCUGUCAAUGCAGCUUUGGGUGCGAUUGUGAAAAAGGUCGGCAGCAACAUUGACAUAUUCGUCAGUAACGCUGGUAUGCUUCCGAAAGAGGGCCCGGUAAUUGGCUACCCAGAGGCUGAACUCCGGCGCACUUUCGAGAUCAACACCAUGGGCACUUUCCACGCCUUGAAUGCGUUUACCCCAUUGGCCGCCCCUGGCGCAAAGUUCUUGUACACGGCAUCUUCUAUCAGUCACUGGGCUCCUCUCCCGGAAGUGCCAGGAGUAUGGAGCUACGCGGCCACGAAGGGAGCGGCGCUGAAGAUGGUCGACUACUAUGCUUCCGAGCACCCGGACAUUCACGUCGCGAGCUUCCAUCCAGGCAUCGUUGGCACUGAGAUCAACCCGAACAUCCCCGUAGGGCCAGACACGGUGGAGUUGCCUGGACACUUUGUUGUGUGGCUUGCGUCGGAUGAAGCUGCAUUUUUGAGGAACAAGUUGACCUGGGCAAACUGGGAUGUGGAUGAACUCAUAGGUCGGGCGGAGGAGAUCCGGACAUCAUUCCUGCUAAGGGUCUCUCUGAAUGGUGUGAACAUGUAG